CAAAAGUUGAAAACUGUUAAAUAGAAUUAGAAUAUGAAUUACAAAAUAACGUGUCUGCGAAGUGAAAAAAAAAUUUCGUCCCUUUUUCCAAGCGAGAGAAAAACAAACUUAACUUUUUCUUUUUGGGAAAAUUCAAAAAUUCUCUGUUAAGUUCACUAUUAUCAGGAUAAAUAAUUACACCAGAGAGAGAUUCUUAUACUGACGGCCCUGGAAGAACAAAAUUAGCAGAAGACACUGCGAUCUGCGACUGCGGAAGGGAAGGUUUUAAGAGAGUAGUUUUGCUGUCAUCUGGACAGAUUGUGCUGUUUUUGAUGGCUUCUCGAAGAAAGGCGUGACAUUUUUUCUUUUCUUUCUUUUUUUUAAAUUGGCAAAUUAAAAAUUACGUCAAGGAGUUGAAAAAAAUACGCAACGAAAAUAAACAAUGGCUGAGAUAACGGAUUUUGGUCCUAGGAAAACAAUGAUUGUUCUAGCCAUUGUCGCUGGAUGUUUUGCUAUUCUAUUUCCAAAGAUAUUUUAUCCAAUGCUUUCUGGAUCAAUUAAUCCACCACCAGCCCCUAAGAAUCUUGAUUCCGCUUGUUGCGACGUUAUUUUCGAAAGCGAUGUAAACACUGUGGAUAUAAUGCAAGAAAUGUGUCGGAAUAUUGUCAAGCAUCAUCAGGUUGAUCCUCGUGUAAGGGACAUUUUGACAGCUGGAAAAUUAACCCCACAGAGUGUGAAAUUAUGCCAGGAGCAAGUAUUAGCUCGUUGUGGAAUUGAUUUGACAGUUUUUUUGGCCGAAACGGAAAGACUGGGAAAAUCUAAUAAACAAAUUUUGGAGGAAAUUCGUUCAUUCAACAGUUCAUUGUGUUUGAAAUUAAAUUUUGGAAUAUCCUUAUCUCAAUUGGGAACACCGCAUCUUAUACGUUAUCAUAUUUUAAUGCCUCACAGUACUAUAAGACAAGAGAGACGAACUCCACCUCACGCUGGUGGUUUACAUCCAGCAAUGAGAGAAAAAGGAAGAGCGAUACCCUCAUCCCAUAUAGUGCCAAGAAUUCAGGGUCGUCCUGAUCAUGUUGCAUCGCCGAUAAAAAUGAGACCAUCGAUGGGAGGAGCCGGACAUGUUGUUCCGGCACCAAAAGGAAACUCAACUAUGGGAAUUAUUAUGCCCCUCUACACCGUAGGCAUUGUCCUCUUUUUCCUGUACACUAUUUCAAAAGUGAGUUUUCAUCUCGAGUUUUUUUUAUUUUUCAUUUUAAAAUUCAAAAUCACUGUUUUAUGCGGGGAAAAUAAUUCACAGGUACUAAAGAAAAGUUCCGAUAAUGAGAUAAUUUCGAAUCCGUAUCCAAAUGCGGAAGCUGAGAGGGAAUUUCAGAAAAUGGUUUUUAAUCCUGACGUUUUUACAACGGCAAUGACUGGCGGUACAAUUCCCACACCGAAACAGACACCUCCAUCCACUUCCAUGAAACCAGUGCCAACAAUAGAAGAGUUAAAUGAACAAGCAGCAGGAGAUAUAGAGAUAGAUCAACUAAGGCGACGAUUGGUUGAGACAGAAGCAGCCAUGGAACGAAUUGUUGCUCGAAUGGGCAAUUUAUCACGUUCAGUUAUGCAUAUAUCAAGCCCACAGUCCGAAUGCAAGGACGAAGAAGGCGAAGAUUUGGAUGACGCUUCACAUGGCGAAGUUAAAGUUCUAAACGUGGAAAUGACAGCAAGUUGUGAAGGUGGACAAAAAUGCAGUCGACCGACAACACCCACUUUUCCUGGACACAGCAGUCACGUCGAACGGGAGAAAACGCCACCAGUGCCUAUUUAUUUGGAGGGUGCACUACCAUCACAGUGUGAGCUUCUUGUGACGAAUUCGGAGACCCAAACAGUGAAAGAAGAAGAAAGCGCCGAGGCACCAGUUGUUCUCUCAGGCAAAAUGACCCUUUCCCUCAUCAGUCUCGACCAGAUUCCAGCUGAUGACGAAGAAAUUACGGAAAUGGAAGUAGAAACAAUUUUAAAUGGCGUUGUAAACACAAAAGAAGACACAAAUUCAAAUCUAGUGAUGGAUGAAAUAGAGGAUGCGAAUUCAAAUCAAAUUUUGAAUAAAAAGGAAGAUACGAAUCUAAAUCGAAUUACGAAUAUUCAAGAAAAAGAGAAAUUUCUUGAUCAAAAAGUGGAAGUAAUUGAUUAUUAUAAGAAACAUAAUAGAGUCGAUGUCGAAGAAGAUGAGGACGAAGAAGAUGAGUAUGAAGAAGAUGAUGAAGAAGAGGAAGAAGAAGAAGAGGAGGAGGAAGAGGAAAUAGAAGAAAUUAACUUCAAAGAUAAACAGAAAAAUGAGAGAUUCGUUGUAUUACAGAAUAUCGAACCUAAAUAUGAUGCUUCUGUAGCACAAAAUAGUUUUAAUAACAAUGAGAAGGAAUAUGAUGAUGACGAAGAGGAAGAAGAAGAAGAAGAGGAAGAGGGAGAAGAAGAAGAAGAAGAAGAUGAAGAAGAGGAGGAAGAAGUAAAAAUACACAAUGUAACGAAAGUUGAAGACACAGAAGGAGAAGAAGAAGAAGAAGAAGAGGAAUAUGAAGAGGAAGAGGAGGAAGAAGAAGAAAGUGAAAUACAUAAUGUAGUAGAAGUUGAAGAUACAGAAGAAGAAGAAGUAGAAUAUGAAGAAGAGGAAGAAGAAGAAGAAGAGGAGGAGGAAGAAGAAGAGGAAGAGGAAGACGACGAAAAAAUUCAAAACGUGUCAAAAAAUAAAACAAAAAUUUAGGUAUGUACAUUUGAUAUUAAAAAGCAGAUAAAAAUCUCCGUACUGUAAAUUAUUGGACAGGAAGUGAUAAUUUUGUAUUUAUCGAUGAAUAAGGUAUAAAAAUCAAUUCCACGAUCAUUAUUAUUUAUUCUUUCAAGCAUUUUAUUUAUAAUUAUAAAUUUAGAAUUAUAUCACUAAAUUCUCAAUUUAUAAUAAUAAAUUCUAACAAUUUGAAAAAAAUUCCCUUUUAUGAUUAAAAAUUAUAAAUUUACAAACUUUACAAAACAACUAAAGCACUUUCAUGUCAGAGAUCUUUUACGAUUUGACACAGGUUUUAAUUCCAUUUUUCAUUAUUCAAAAAAAAAGAAAGGAACACAAUUUUACACGGUUUAGAAAAGCAAUUACGACUUAAUGAUAAUAAAAGAAAGAAAAAUUUUAAACAAGAAGAGAAAAUCAUAAAAAGCAAAUUUUCAAAUUAUGCACGUUUUAUGAAACCUAUAUAUUUAUAUAGUUUUAAUAAUAAAAAUAAUCGUGGAUAGGAUAAUAAUUUUUUUCAUCAUUUUAUUAAAAUAUUUUACCAUCAUUAAUUAAAAUGUACGUCAAUGUACAUUUCUUUAUUUUGUUUUAUUUCCCUCUUAUAUAUACGUAAAAUACGAAUUUAAAAUAUUGUAGAUUUUUUAAACCUUAGAAUAAUAAUGUAGAAAAGAAUUCGGUCUAAUUAGAAAAAUGAAAUCAUUUGGCGACGUUAGUAUUCUUUUUUUUUUUUAAACUACUUCCGUAAAGCAAUAAACAUAAUCGAAAUCCAAUUGUGUUCAAAGUAUUAUUUAUUAUUCGCUAAAUAUAUUAUAUAUAUUUAUAUAUUACUUGUAAUAGAAAAAAUGUAUUUAGGGAACGAAAUAAAACAAUAGAUAAUAAAUAAAUUAAUAGAAAAUAUGUACAACAUUAAUGACAGUUUUUAGUAUAAAAAAAAACUAUUGUGCAUUUUUAUUUAUUCUUCGGAUAAAAUUGCUUCCGAACUGUUAUGAAGUCUCGUAUGUAAAUCGUUACGAAGUUUAUUAUUAUUAAUUAAUGAUUUAAAAACGUAAAGAAAGUUACUACAGAUUCAUUAUAUUUAUUACAAGCAACUGUUAUAAUUUGACAAUGAGAUUAUUUGUAAUAAUUAAUUUUAUUACUUACCUGUAAAAAAUUGAAACAUUAAAACUGUUAUGAUAGUUAAUUUUGCAUCAAUUUAUUUCACCUGGCGAAUAUACAAAAAAUAAAAUAUGACUAUUUAAAUUUAUUAAUUAUUAAAAUCGAAUGUAAUAAUUUAUUAGUUUCACAGAGAGGAGGAAUACAAAAUAUUCAUUUUAAUUACAUUUUUCGAGGGUUAAGAAAAAGGCAUGCGAAUAAAUCAGUAAAAAUCAUUGUAAUUAUUAAAAUAGUUUUGAACAAUACGUAUACAUUUACAUAAAAAUGGAGACCAACAAAAAUUCAUAAAUUUACAAAUUAAUUCAUAUAGUUUAAAAGAAUCACAAUCACAUUUUUUAAAAUUCAGAUUAUUUGUUCUUAACAAUUCAGUAAAAUCUAUCAUUCAUCAUCAAAGACAACAGAUAUAUGCAACAAUACAUACAAUGAUUAGUUUAUUAAUACUAUUAUUAUAAUAAACAACAUUUUAAAAAAGCAAAAUCCGUCGUCUAUAGGCAGUUGAGAGAAUAUUAAUAAAUCUAUUUAUAUAAAUAUUAAAAUCAUUUACGGAUAUUCUUAUUGUAGCAGUCAUGUUUAAAAAUUAAUUCCUAUACAUCCCAGGAAAAA